CCAGAAAAAAAUGGGCGUGGUUGGAAAGCGUGCCUGAUCCGUCAUCUCAUCUCUGGUAAUUAAUCUUAGUUUUAGUUCGCGCUUGAUUAAAUUCCCCCAUUACUUGUAUCGCCCCGCCGAACCAACCAACCAACCGACCAGUCAUAAUAAAACGACGUAGCUUUCGCUGUUGUGUCGAAGAAGAAGAGAUGGGGAGCAACGAUGAGCUCAAGUCGGAGGCUUUGCUGGAGCAGAUGAAACAGCACCUCUCCACCGACGCCGGUAAAGCCAUCGUCAAGAAGAUCGGCCUCGUUUACCAGAUCAACAUCGCACCCAAGAAAAUUGGCUUCAAUGAGGUGAUUUACACCAUUGAUCUGAAGAGAGGGGAGGUGAAGAAAGGGGCGUAUGAAGGAGGAAAGGCGGAUGCGGUGUUUUCGUUCAAGGACGAUGAUUUCGUGAAGAUAGCGCUGGGGAAGAUGAAUCCCCAGAUUGCUUUCAUGAGGGGAGCCAUGAAGAUUAAGGGAAGCAUGAGUGCUGCUACCAAAUUCACUCCCGAUAUUUUCCCCAAGCCUUCCAAGAUGUGACUUGGCUUUGUUAUUAUCAGCUGCAUUAGGAAAGAAGAGGGCUUAUUUACUUGGCUCCAAUAAAUUUCUGAAACACUAGUUUUUACUUGAAUGUUAUAGCUAGAAAUCGAUUAGAGCGAAGCACUAUAAUGUCUCAAUAAGCUGCCAAUUAGGACCCUGGGAAUUGCCUAUCACUCUGAUGGCUUACGAUCUGUAUUUGCUUUUCACUUCAUCACUUGUUUGCAAAUCUGUCUGCCUCUUUUUAUGUUUAUUCAGCUCGCUGUUUCUGUUGCUUACUGCUAAUGAAAAAUGCUCUAUUGUGGUCG